UAGUCGUUUUGCGGCUUUCGCAGCUUACAGUUCGUUUUUGGCGUCUAGUUCGUGUUCCGAAAACACUUAACGGUAUUCGAAGUUUUGAAGUGCAAUCGUGAUUUAUUAACACGCAGCCCCCAUCCCCCGCCUGCUUGCCUGGUCAGCACUAAGUACAUUGCGUGGUUUGAAGCACGUUCCGUCGGCGGCGUCAAAAGUGUCAUUACAGUGAUCUCUAUCCGCGUGCUCAUCAUUCACAUACGUACAUGUGUAUAUGUGGUAGUGGUACCCCCCUACCUACCCUGUUUGGAAUCAAGUUCCGGUUCGUGCAUUGCCCAAUUUUAGAGCAUGCGACACGUUUAUUUAGUUCUGGGGUUCUUUGACUCAUGCCUAAUUACCAGUGACGUCGCGGUCGUCGUGCCUGUGCUGGCCCACAGAAGAAGCCUUUACGAAAAUGUGUCAGUACAAGAAAUUUGAAAGUUCUGUGUAAGCAGUCGACUGCUGGCAAUCGAGUGAGACAUUGGAAGUGCGCCCUUACAAUAAUUAACAUAAAAGUCGAAAGGAUACUUCUGACUCUCUGUGUGUGCUAGAGGAAUACCUUUCUUAGAGGGUGUCGCUCGGCUGGUGUCAUUCCAAGCUGUCAUGUGGCAGUCGCAGUAACCAAAAGGUGCUCACAACAAACACAACUUCCUCAUCAUCGCCAGCACCAACAGCAACAAAAUGUACAACGAACAGCUGCGGCAAUCCACAGACUACAAGAAGGUGCGCUUAAAAAGGACACAGAACCGGAGACACUCUAGACACAUAAGCAUCCUGUUGUUAGUUUUUACCAGCCUAAUUGGCUUUGCGGCUGCCAAUCGUCCGCCACGUUUUGCUAUUGAUGGACAGUCGGAGAUUGUGCUGCGACUCAAGGAGAGUCCGGAAACUAGAGUGGGCACUCUAAUCUACACCCUCAAGGGCUACGAUCCGGACAAUGAUCCUUUAACCUUUGGCAAGCGAAACUCUCACGACAGCGAGAUUAUACGCAUCGAAAACACCGGCGGCAAUGAGGCCAAGCUGUAUCUGGCCAAGGAGCUGGACCGUGAGCUGCAGGACGAGUAUGCCAUAGUCCUGACGCUGACGGACAGCCACUACAGCGAUCACAGCUAUGUGACGCAGAGUUUACUGCUGCUCGUAGAGGACAUCAAUGACAAUGUUCCCACCUUUCUGCCGUAUCAGAAUGCCAUCGAGAUACCCGAGGGCAGCGGGCCGGGAGUGAUUAGCACUCUGGAGGCCACCGAUGCCGAUGAGGGUGCCUACGGCCAGGUUGUCUACUAUCUGCAGGAGCUCGAUGGGGAUAAUGAUGUCUUCAGCAUUGCCACGCACCAGGGCAAGGGCGUGCUGCGGCUCCAGCGGGAGUUGGACUACGAAUCGAAGAGUUUGUAUCAGCUGCGCGUGCUGGCCAUUGAUCGUGCCAACCAGGGACCGGUGAACACGGGCACGGCUGCCAUACUGAUCAAGGUGAAGGACAUCGAGGACCAGCCACCGGAAUUUGUAGAGGUUCAGGCGGUGGCACGCAUUGCCGAGGAUGCGCCAGUGGGCACAAGGGUGCUCCGAGUGCGUGCGAUCGACGGUGAUCGUGGCAUCAACAAUCCCAUUGCCUACAGCCUGGAGGCGAAUGAUCUCUUUGACAUUGAUCGACACACUGGCAUCGUGCACACCCUCACCGAACUGGAUCGUGAGGAGCAGAGCGAUCAGGUGAAUGGAGCUCACAUACUCCGCAUCACUGCCACGGAGCUGUCCAAGUCCAACACUCAGCUGGCACCCGUCUCCAUUCGCACCGAGGUGACGGUCAUUGUCAGCGAUGUAAACGAUGAGAUUCCCACCUUUGGGCAGUCGCUGUACCGCUGUGAGGUGAAUGAGAAUGCGCAGACCAAUACGCCGCUGAACUUCAUCGAUGAGGAUGUGCAGAACUUUGUCUACGAUCACGACGAAGGCAACAAUGGCACCUUUCGACUGUUCCUCGAUCCGCCCAACGAUCUGUUUGAGAUUGUGCCCGAACUGGCGGUGAAUGAGGCCAACUUUAUGCUGCGCGUGAAGAACUCCAAGUCGCUGGAUUUCGAGCAGUUUGUGGAGAUUAAUUUUACGAUUUUUGCAAGGGAAAUCGAUGAGCCCAGUCGUUGGAGUUCCGCUCAUGUGCAGAUCUUCAUACGCGAUCAGAACGACAACUUUCCGGAGUUUGGGCAUGCGAUCUACAAUGCCAGCGUGCUGGAGAACAGCGAUCAGGGCACGAUCAUCACCAAAGUGGAGGCUGUGGAUGUGGACUCGGGCGACUAUGGCACCAUGGGCAUACGCUACACGAACCUCAGGGGAGGCAUUGCACAUUUACUCCAACUGAAUCCCAUCACCGGUGUCAUCACCAUCAAGCAGCAUGGCGGAGCGGCCUUUGAUCGUGAGAUCAUCUCCCGACACUACCUCACCGUGGAGGCCAUUGAUAAUGUUGGUCAGGGCAAUCGAAACACGGCGCAGAUCAUUGUGGACAUACAGGAUGUCAACGACAAUGCCCCGACCUUUCCGCAGCGACAGUACGAGACGAAGCUGCUGGAGAAUAAAGGAGAAUUCGAGACUCCCUUGCAGCUGGAGGCACGCGAUCUGGAUCUGAAUGGCACCGAGAACAGUCAGAUCACCUACGAGAUUGUGGAGGGUCUCUACCGCUCGAACUUCACCAUUGAUCCGCAGAGCGGACUGCUGCAGCCGCUGCAUCACUUUGACUUUGAGGAGCUGGUGGACACGGAUCGGCGGAGUGAGCGGCAGGCGGGAGGCAGCAUGCGGGAGAUCGAUCUGCUGGUGCGCGCUCGGGACUCUGGCAUACCCAUGCUCUCCACGGUCGUGCCCGUGCUCAUCUAUGUGCAGGAUGUCAACGACAAUCCGCCCAUCUUCCAGAAGAGUUUCUAUGCGAAAACAGUGCCCGAGGAUCUGCCCGGGGGCAGCUCAGUGCUUCAAGUAACAGCCGUCGAUCGUGAUGGUUCGUCGCCCAACAAUGUUGUUGUCUAUCGCAUCCAAACGGGUGCCAGCGAUAAGUUUAUUAUCAACUCGGAAUCGGGUGUGAUAUCCGUGGCACAGGGCGCCAAUUUGGAUCCCGAUUUGACCGACAGCAAGCGUUCCAUCUACACUUUGUCUGUGCUCGCUCUGGAUGGUGGGUUGGGCAGUUCGCAGCUAAUGAGCACCGCCACUGUGAACAUCAGCAUUCAAGAUGUAAACAACAAACUGCCGCUGCUGACGGAGCUUCCUGCGCUGCAGAUCGUCGAGAACACGCAAGUGGGCAGCCUGGUCUAUCGUAUCAGGGCAACGGAUUCCGAUCAGAAUGCCAUUUUGCGCUACAAACUGAAUGCGGAGCACUGUGAGGGCCGCAACGAGGAGGGCGCACUGGUCAAGCCCAGCGAAUACGACUACUUGGGCGCCUUUGAGUUGGAUCCCAUUGAGGGUAGUCUGAAGGUUGUCAAGCUGCUGGAUCGCGAGAGGGUAGAGCACAUCAAGCUGGCCAUAACAGUGGAGGAUCUGGCAGCAGCCAAGGGCAGGCAGUUGGUUGAAGGUUUCCUUAGCAUUCAAGUGCUGGAUGAGAACGACAAUAAUCCCAAGUUCAAGCAGCCCUUCUACCGCCAAUCCAUCACCGAGAAUAGCAUCAAUGGGGCUAUGAUUGUCAAUGUGCUGGCCUACGAUGUGGAUAGGAAUCGCACCAUCACUUAUGCCUUGGAAGGCAAUCCCACCUAUCGCAGCUUGAUCCAUCUGGAUGCCCAAACGGGCGAGAUUGUGGUGGCCAAUAAAAUCGAUCACGAGCAGCAUCAGUGGCUGAAUUUUAGCGUGCGAGCCACAGACUCGGGUCUGCCGCCACGCUCCUCCCUCGUGGAUGUUUAUGUCACGGUGCUGGAUGAGAAUGACAACAAUCCGUACUUCAUUGGCGGCAGCAAGAAUUACACAAUCAGCGAGCAGGCAGCGCCAGGCACGCGGGUGGCCACCCUCCAAGCAGCGGAUGCUGACGCUGGAGACUUUGGCAAGAUCACAUUCCUCAUGGACCGCAUUAGUUCGCAGGGCAAGUUCACCAUAGAUGCGGACACGGGUGUGCUGACGGUGGCCGAUCGUUUGGAUCGUGAGACAAAGGACUCCUACAAUCUGGUCAUCGAGGCAUGGGACAAUUAUCAGUUUGGAUUUCUGGCUGGAGAGAGUCGGAAUGCAUUCAAGCAAGUGUUCAUUUCCAUCCUCGAUGAGAACGAUAAUCCGCCCGAGGUCAGCCUGCCCACGAGCUGUGUGCUCAUCACGGAGUACCACGAGCUGCACGAGCGCAUUGCCAGCAUUGUGGGCAAGGAUGCGGACGAUCCAGCCACGCCCAAUGGACGCUUGAACUUUGCUAUUACACAAGGCAACAAGGAGGGCAUCUUUGAGCUGCGUCAGCUGGACCCUUGGAAUGCCCAAAUCUUUGCCGGGCAAAGUCUGCGCAACAGAUUCGGCAACUACAGCUUGACCAUAACCGCCAGGGACUUGGGUCUGCCAGCUAACAUCGUGCACAGCACGCUGGACAUUUGCGUCUCGGAUUUCAACGAUCAUGCGCCGGUUUUUGUGAGGCCUUUGCACAACACCACAGUGCGAGUGCCGGAAAAUGCCACAGUGGGGAGUCUGUUGCUACAGGCCUAUGCCAGCGAUGCGGAUAUGGGACAGAAUGCGCUUGUGCGGUACCGACUGAAGCCCGAUCCUUUGGGCAGCUACAAGAUGUUCGGGAUGAAUGCGGACACGGGGGAGUUGUUUCUGCGGCAGCCACUCAAUCGCGAGAGGCAGAAGAUACAUGAGCUCCGCAUUGAAGCCUACGAUCAGGGUCUGCCCACAUCCCUGAGCACCGAUCUCGAUCUGAGCGUUUAUGUGCGCAACGUCAACGACUACGAGCCGCAGUUUAUAGUCAACGAAAUAUCAGUAAAUUUUACGGAACACUCGGAUCCAGGUGCAGAGCGCAUUAAGCUGCCCGACACCAUAGACAAGGAUCAGCUGGAGCUGGACGAUCCCGAGCAGAUGCCCAGUCAGGUGUGCUACUUCAUAGUGCGCGGCAAUGAGGCUGGCUACUUUCGAUUGGAUCCCGAGUCCCAUAUCCUCACUGUGGAUCGCGAGCUCGAUCGCGAGUUGGUGGCAAACUUUACGCUUUAUGUUAAGGCCACCGAGAACUGCGCCAAUGAGACUGAAGAUCGCUCAAGUGUUCAUCAGCGUCGUAGAAUGGGCAUUGAGAUUAAUAACAAGAUCGCUGGACACCUGCGACAUGGCGCGACCAGCUACGAUCGCUUCAAGCACUCGCGUCAGCUGCGAUCGGCUGAGUAUGAGUCGGAGUUGGCUCCAUCCUCGUCUGCCGAGACCGAGCUCGUGUCCUACGAAAGCUACGACAACAGUCUGGAGGCUCACCCAGUGGAGGAUCCCCCAGUUGAGCCACCGCCCGAAGCAGAUAGCACGAUUGUGCGGGUUCAGGUGAGAGUGCUGGACAUCAACGACAAUCCGCCGAGAUUCCGCUCGAAGAUCUUCACGGGCGGCAUCACAACCAAUGCGGACUUUGGCCUAAAGUUUAUGCGCGUGGAGGCCACGGACGCAGAUGAGGGUAGCAACGCGAAGAUCGGCUACUAUCAGAUAGGCGAGAUCCGGCAAACACUCUCCGAGGGACUGGAGAAUGUGCGCAAGGCCCCAUUUCUGCUGGACGCGGAGACGGGUGAGGUGCAGCUGAACUUUGAUCCGCAGAAGGGCAUGAAGGGCUACUUUGACUUUGUGGUGCUGGCCAACGAUUCGCUGGGCAUGCGGGAUGUGGCCCAUGUGUUUAUCUAUCUGCUGCGCGAGGAUCAGAAGGUGCGAUUUGUCUUUCGACUGCAGCCGGAUGAGCUUCGCUCCCGCGUGGACGUUUUCAGAGACACCUUGGGCAACAUAACCGAAUCCAUUGUCAACAUCGAUGAGAUCAAAGUGCAUGAGAACAAGGACGGGUCGGUGGACAAGACCAAAACGGAUCUGUACAUGCAUCUAGUCGAGCGCGAGGAUAACUCCAUCUACGAGGUCUCCGAUGUGCUCAAGCUGAUCGAUUCGCACAUCGAGAGCCUGGACGAACUGUUCAAGGAGCUCAAUGUGCUGGACACGCAGCCAGCGGAGGCGCAGCUGCUCACAGCUGGCCCCACCAAGGGCCCACUGUUCGUGUGGCUCGUCUUCACGAAUCUUUUCAUGGCCACGCUGCUGGUGGUGAUCCUAGCGCUGUGCGCCUCACAGCGGAAUGGCUACAGGAGGCAGCUAAGAGCCGCUAAAGUUAAUAUUUUUCGCGCUCACUCAUCGCUGUCGCUGCAGCACACAAACGAGCCAGCCACGCGUGUGCCAAACACCAACAAGCACAGCGUCCAAGGCUCCAAUCCCAUUUGGCUGAAGGGCUACGAGAACGAGUGGUUCAAAAACGAGGAGACUGCAAGCAUUGGCGCUCAGGACUCGCUGGAUGACAACUUUCUGGCCGUGGCCACGCAGGACAUGCACGAAACGCUCAAGGGCACCGCCAAGCUAUUCAACAACAGCAACGAUCUAAAUCGCCACUUCAAUCUGUACAAUCAGAUCGAUAAGCUAACGAAUAAUGCUCAGAUACUGGCACGCAAGCUGGAGACAACGGAGCUGUAGCCACAGCCCCAUUCAAUUAUUUAUUACAACUAGUCUAGGUUAGCUUAGACUUAGGUUUAGCUUCUAAGACCCAUGUAAAUAUAUGAUCUACUGAAGUACUUAA